AUGAAGCUGAACGAGCGCAGCCUGGCCUCCUACGCUACCUGCAACACCCCGGCUGACAACUCCGGCUUCCUCUACAAGAAGGGCGGGCGGCACACCAGCUACCAUCGCCGCUGGUUCGUGCUACGUGGCAACAUGCUCUUCUACUUUGAGGACCAGGCCAGCCGUGAGCCUGUGGGGGUCAUCAUCCUGGAGGGCUGUACUGUGGAGCUGGUGGAGGCUGCCGAGGAGUUCGCUUUUGCCGUGCGCUUUGCUGGAACCCGAGCGCGUACCUAUGUGCUGGCUGCCGAGAGCCAGGCCUCCAUGGAAGGCUGGGUGAAGGCACUGUCUCGGGCAAGCUUCGACUACCUGCGGCUCGUAGUGCGUGAGCUGGAGCAGCAGCUGGCAGCCGUGCGGGCUGGGGGCUGUCCACCACUGCCCCGCAGGCCCCGCGCCCUCCUGUCCAAGGAGAACGGCUGUGCUGUCUGGAGCACCGAGCUACCUACCACCCCCAUGGUCACCAACAAUGGCAGCCGGCCCGGGCCCCCGCCACUGCCUCCCCGCCGGCGGCCCUCGGUGCCCAAUGAGCCUCCGGACAGGGCCUCCUUUGCCCAGUUACACGAGUGGUACGGACAGGAAGUCAGGGCACUUCGGGACCAGUGGCUUAGGAACCGGGUCCAGCCCUGA